AUGGUAGCAGUAGUUCUUUCAUCCAGGAAGGUUGAACUUUUAUUGGGUUACUUUGUCAACUCUAUUCGGAGGGCCAGUGAAUUGGACUCUACAAAUACUCCGGCAGGGGUGAAUGAAAGCAUUAAAACAGUGCCGGAUUUUGAAAAGUAUAUAUUGGAAUUGCAACCUGCUGAAAGCGGAGUGCAGCGUAAAAUCAUUGAAGCAGAUUUGGUAUUGUGGACUGUUGGAUCCAAACCUCCUCUUCCUCAUCUGGAAUAUUCAGAUGUACCAUCUGUAAUUCCACUUAAUGCCAGGGGACAGUGGAAAACAGAUGAAACUCUUCGUGUUAAGGGUCACCCACGGAUAUUUGCUCUUGGUGAAUCUUCAGCAUUAAGGGAUUUAAAUGGAAGGAUCCUUCCAGACAUUGCACAGGUUGCAUUUCAACAAGCAGACUUUACUGGUUGGAAUCUCUGGGCUGCAAUAAAUGGUCGUUCGCUUUUACCACUUAGGUAUUUUUGCAUCUAG